CGUAAACAAAACGAAAGCUGUUUAUUACAGUCCAGUUGAAAUAUUGGUUUAUUCCCUAUUUAAAAAGGAGUGUUAGGGGAAUUAAGUCAUAUUCGGGUCUGACAAGCAAGUGUUGCCUUGUUAAAAAUCUACGAUGACAACCAACGCUGUUCAAAACAAAAAAUCAGAAACUGAUUACGACCUCGAGGAGGAAAUCGACAACCACUUGAGGCGAAUUUUUUAUAUCAAACCAAAAGGUGAUUCCCCAAAAUGCAAUCCCUACAUAGUGGAGUUCUUUGGCGUGCUCAGUUUAACUGAUCUGCGAGCUCCAGAACGUAAGCUUUGGGUUAUAUAUUACUGCAAACAGCCGGAUCUGGACAAAACCGUCGACGAGAUCCACCAAAAAUACGGAAAGAAGAAUAUGUUCGAUCUAUAUCGCACACCAGUUUUCAGCGGAGCUGCACUUCGCGCAAGUGUAAAGAAACACUUUGCUGGUCUUAAGUGGUUCACCAAAGAAAAUCUUUUGGAAGCUCCCCCCAAGAGCUUCUUUAAUGACGAGAGAGUAGUCAAAACCAUAACAGAUCUGCAUCACCUGGAACAGCAGAGACUGUAUAACUAUGUGAUGGUAAAGAAUAUGUGGUUUCAGAGAUAUCAUUAACUCCUAGUUUUUACCUAACUCUGUGAUUAAGGUUUUACUUGCCUAAAACAAAAGAAGCCUUUAGGAUUCCUGCUUUUUGUAAGAAAAAUAAAGUUUUGAUAAGAAAUAUCAAAA